GCCAAAUAACGAAAUCACGAAGCAGAAACUCCAAAACUAUGGCUGUGCGCGCCACAUAUUUUGUCUGUGUGCUCACGUAAACCUAUUUUAGUCGCCAAUAUAUAUAUAUAUAUAUAUAUGUUGGCAUUAGUGCAUACGUGAGCCGUGUAAAAUGUCUAGCAGAGCUUUGCGGAGGCUGAAAGGCAAACAGCGGGGUCAGGAGGCGGUUGUCGUGGAGGAGCUAACUUUGCCACAUAACCCCGAUGAGCUGGCUGAACCCGAGGAAGAGCAGUUGGACACGGCCAGUGUCAGCCCACCGUCACAUCGAAAGUCAAAGAAAAACAAGGAUCGUAAAGACAUCUGUGCCAUUUUAGAAAUGAUAAGUGAUGCAGAAAAAGUCUCUGCCGAUGAAGACCUAGAGAAACUCGAUAUAAACAAAACAAGUGACACAGGAAACAUUGACAGCAAAGCAAACAGCAUUCAAAGGCCAAAUGAGCCUUUGUCUAGUGUUAACAAAAAGAAGAAGAAAAAGAAGACAAAAGUUAAAUCUGAAAAUGUACAGGAAGCACGAGCACUAGAUGACAACAUUGAUUUAUUGCUAGAAAACAUGGAGCAGUCCAAUGGUUUGACUUUGCAAAAUGACUGUGGAGGCUGUGACAGAAGACUUGUUCUACAUGUGGAGCAUAGGAAUCUGAACCCAGAGACGGAGCUGAAGAAAUAUUUUGGGAGUCGAGCAGUUUUGGGGGAUCAAAGACCGCGACAACGCAAUAGACAGUUUCAUCGGAACACGUGGAUGACCAGCCCCAAGGAAAGUUGGCCUCGAUUCAGCCGCCCAGGAAUCUCAAUGACCUUACUUGAGUCAAAAGAUGGCAUUCAGUACUUCACUUUUGAGCAUAGUCGCGACUAUCAACAAGUACAGUUCAAGUUCCUGGAUGCUGUCGAGUCCAUGGACCCAAACACCAUUGUGGCUCUGCUGCAGCUGAACCCCUACCACAUUGACUCUUUGCUACAACUCUCUGACGUCUGCCGUAUACAAGAUGAUCAGGAGAUGGCCAGGGACCUUAUUGAGAGGGCCUUGUACAGUUUUGAGUGUGCGUUUCACCCCGUAUGGAGUCUGACGUCUGGGACUUGCAGACUGGAUUAUCUCAGACCAGAAAACAGGGCUUUUUAUUUGGCUCUUUUCAAGCACAUGAUGUUCCUUGAGAAGAGAGGAUGCCCCCGGACAGCUUUGGAGUACUGCAAAUUGAUCCUGAGUUUGGACCCAGACUCUGACCCGCUGUGCAUGCUGCUGCUCAUUGAUUUCCUGAUGCUACGUUCCAGACAGUACGACCCUCUCCUUCAGCUUUAUGAGGACUGGGAGGAGCACAGAAAUCUGUCCCAGCUGCCAAACUUUGCAUUCUCCACCGCACUCUGCCAUUUCCAUCUCAGUCAGCAGGAAGAAAUCAAGCCUGAAGAAAGUGAUCAAGCAAAACACAAAGCUGACCAAAUGCUACAGGAUGCGCUCAUCAUGUUUCCUGCAGUCUUGAUGCCUUUACUGGAUCUAUGCACUGUGCAGCCAGAUGCCACCGUCACCUCACAUGCCUUCUUUGGUCCGAGCAGUCAGAUUGGACAGCUGCCAGCCUUGGCUGAACUGACUGCUCUGUACGUGGGGAGGAUGCACAGCCUUUGGAGGGAAGCAGCAGUUAUGCUUUGGUUGGAAGAGAGUGUGAGGGAGGUGCUGUGUCGAAUUGAUGCAAAUGACCCACUGGUGGAGGACUGCCAGAACAAGAGAAAGCAGAGAUACCAGAAUGCUCCACGGAACAUCCAUCGCCACGUUCUGCUGUCUGAAGUCAAAGAAGCUACGUCCAGUCUGCCUCUGGAGGUGACCACUCAGCCUGUGAUGGGAUUUGACCCUCUCCCACCAGUGGAUUCUGUGAUUUCAUACACCAGGCCAGUGAGGCAGCAUGUUGGAGCAUCCAAUGAGAGCACACUGUCGCUGUUUUUCCGUUCCUUGCUGCCAAACUUCAACCUUCAGGGUGGCCUAAGGCAGGAGGAGGGCGACAUAGAGGUGGCUCGAGCUGGACAGGAGCUUAACCAGGAGGUGAAUCGCCUUAUGGUGGCGAUGAGGGAAAUGCUGGCAAACAUCAGGUUUCAAGAGCCGCCACGGGAGGACCACCCUUUUAGAGAUGAGGAAGAGUGGGAUUGAGUGGGACCUGUUUGAAACUUGGAAGCAUAGCUGAUCAACAUGUCUGUAACUAAAUUGCUGCCAAAUGGGUUCCUUUAAAAAGCGGUUCCUCUCAAUUUUUUGAGCUUGAACGUUAAUUAAAAGUUUAAUUAGCAUCAA